ACUGAUGCUGUUGAUCGUGGAAUUUAUGUUAUCUGUUCCUUUGUAAUUUGCGUUUUGCAUCUACAGUUCGGUAUUCUGCUAAGUACGAUACGCAGUACCAUCUGUCUUAAAAAUUUUGCACGUGCGUGACUUGCGUAAAAAUGAUACAGCACGUCGACUGGAUGCUGCAUCACUUAAUUUGUUGCUGCUUGGAUUUAACAAGCGCUUCCGUGGGAACAUAACUGUGCCGCUUUAAAACGGUGACAUUCUCUAGAAAGGACAAAACUGUAGUAUAUCAUCGUGUCUUCCCGAGGGUGUUAGAUACGGUCAGAAAUCAGACAGAAUCAUGUUUUUCUCACAGUUUCACACCCUUUACCUCUCGCACUUGCUGUUAAUAAAUGGACUACUUUGUCUUGAGAAGGGCAUUUUCGAUAUGACUGUUUUCCAAAUACGUGGAAGUAAAACGUUUCAAGAGAUCGACUACGCAUAUCCUUUUACGGAUAGAAUUUACAUUUCAAAAAGUGAUUUUGAAAAGAUGACAUCCGAAAUAACGGCUAAUUUUAUAACCGCUACCAAUAUUGACCCCAAUGAUCCUAUCCUAACUUCGGAACCAAAUGCGCUGACAGAACUCAUCAAGACCAUUUUUCAGCUGUCGACUUCGUCUGCGCCCGAACUUAUGAACCAAGAAAAACGCGCUUUCGUGUUUCUGUCAAGGAAUACCGACUCAGCUGAAAGGCUGAACGCUCUGUAUAACCAGUCGUCUAAAUGUGACAAAGACGUUAUUAGAUCAAUCAUCAACGGAUAUCCACCAAACCCAGAUCUGGGCUGCGCGAGUGGCGAGAUGCGUUGCGGCGGCAAAUUAUGCAUGCCAAUUGACUGGCGUUGUGAUGGAAUCAGAGAUUGCCCUGAUGGCAGCGAUGAAAGGAACUGCCACUUUGGUUGUAACAACUUAAACGUUUGGGUGCCUCACUAUCCCUGUGACUUUGAUCGCUGUUUUCCUUGGACCGAAAGAUGCGAUGGCAAAGCUUCAUGCUACGAUCAAUCCGAUGAGCGCGGAUGUCCACCUGGUUGUAACAAAUAUGAGUUUCGAUGCGACGGAUUAAAAUGUAUUCCUAAAUCCUUCCUUUGUGAUGGUGUCGCCCAGUGCGAGGAUGAAACAGACGAGAAACACGAGAAUUGCCCCUGCAAGAAUCAAGGACGCCCGUAUUUUCUUGUUGGUACCUCUACUCAUCCUGUGCCAUACUUAUGCGAUCGGGGGUAUCCAAAAAUCGAAGAAAGUGGUAGAAUCAGAGAUUUAAAAGAAAGGCGCUAUGAGAAGGACAACGCGCUGAGUGCUAUAGCUUUGCUUAUGCUGCCUUCUAGCAUCAGUUUCUUUAACCCUAAAGACACAAGCGAGCGGCCAUGCCUUCCUAAAGAGCUUCUCUGCGAAUCUGAUAGUUCGUGGACAGAUACUGCCAAACAUGAUUGCUUAGAUGGUGCAGACGAAAACCCUGAGCACUGCCAAAUUUAUCGUAAAGAUCAGAGAUGUGAUGGAACCGAGUGGGCUUGCGCGGUGAAACCGUCGCAAGAUGAUGUCCGCGGUUGCAUACCACGGCGCCAGUGGUGCGAUGGGAGAAAAAAUUGUCAUGAUGCCUCUGACGAAAACCCCGCAAUCUGCAGAGCAAGAGAUACGGAUAAGUGCGCUAAUAUGUACAAAUGUCGACGGGAAGUAGACUACUAUGCGACGGAAAAUAAUGGAAACCCUCAAUGCAUUCCAAACGAAUGGGUAUGCGAUGGAAAACAGGACUGUCCCGGCUUUAAAGGAUGGGAUGAGGACUCUUGCAGUUCUCAUUAUCAGAAAUUCCAAAGGACAGAAAAAAUCGCUCACGAUAUUCAGGCUGGAUUUGGUAAAGUCAACUCUGUGGUUAACCUUUAUUAUCAAACAUUUCACCGAACCAACGAAAUCCAACCGGCGGCACUAGGAACAAUCCGCGCGGAAAGCUAUUUUUCCUGCAUGCAGGAUGCAGAAUACACAGUUGAAGCUUGUACUAACCUGAGAGUUACACACCCAGAUAAAAACGCGGUGUAUAAUGUUCCCCGAUGUGCAAGUUCCGGCAACUAUUCCGGGACAGUUUCUCCUGCUUUUAUGUACGAGUUUUUAUACUGGAACCAGUGGCAUCAAUUUACUCCUCUGCUGCAGAAUAUAGGCAGCCCCCUCUGGAAGGACCAACCAUUUAUUCCAGGCAACGCGGAAGUGUACCAGAUAAACCUUGCAGCUGUUCGCACUUCAAGUGGUUCAGUGGCGCAAAUAUUUAUAUAACCAACGAGACGUUACAUUAUUUUCUUCGUGUUUUUAUGAUUUGCGCACAAAUUUUUCCUGUCGAAGGGCCUCUAUAACAAAACUAUUUUUGUUUAGUAGUUAUCAAACGAUACGAGAUGAAUAAAAUGAAUGCCAGUUA